AUGUCUGUUGAUGACAGGUGGAAAGAAGUUAUAUCUAAAAAGUUGUGUAUAAAUUGUUUAAGAAAAUUUCAUAUGGCAAAUAAAUGCCGUUUUACUAACACCUGUAAGGCAUGUCAUAGAAAACACCAUACUUCAUUGCAUAGAUUUUAUUCUAAUUCUGAAGAACCGAAUGUAAGCAAUACAGUUUGUUAUUCUAACUCAAAUUUAGAUAAUGCCAAUUCUGAAAAUGUUCCUACAGUGAGGGAAAACAUUCAACUUAGCACAACUUGUCUAAAUUCUAAUAGUGUUGAUAGUAAUACUCUUUUGUCAACCACUCUGUUAAAGGUAAAAAAUGUGGAGGUUGUAACCAAAGUCACAAGUGAUUUGCCAAAUUUUAAAUUUGACUCUAGUUAUUGGCCACACCUUCAAGGACUUAAACUUGCCGAUCCUACAUUUUUUAUUGCAAGCCCAAUUGACAUUUUACUAGGUGCAGAUAUGUAUGCCGAAAUGCUAUUAGGUCAACUUAUUUCUGGAAAAAAGGGUACUCCAGUUGCCAUAAAUUCUCAUUUGGGUUGGUUAGUGUCCGGAAGAAUUUUUUCUGACGCUAAACACGAAAAGGAUGUUGUGAACUGCCACCUAGUUGCUACUUUAGAAAGUCAAUUGAAAGCUUUUUGGGAACUUGAAUCAAUUCCCCAAACUGAGGUGAGAACCAAAGAUGAUACUGUUUGCGAACGCUUUUAUGAUAGCACAGUCACUCGGAGUUCAGGUCGUUACACUGUAAGAUUACCAUUUAAUAAUUUUGGCAAUUCUGCCUCACAAGCUCUUAAGAGAUUUAAUUACCUUGAAGCUAAAUUAAGUAAAAACAAUUCUCUUAGAGAACAAUACUCGAAAUUUAUGCUAGAGUACCUUCAGUUAGGCCACAUGGAACUUGUUCCCCCUGAUGAGAUUGACAAAGAGAAAUCAUUCUAUCUCCCACAUCAUUUUGUCAUAAAUGAAGAUAGUUCGACUACUAAACUAAGAGUAGUCUUUGAUGCGUCCGCUAAAGACUCUAAUGGAAAUUCUCUUAAUAGUGCACUGUUUUUAGGCCCUCGUUUGCAGCCAGAGCUUUUUUCAAUUUUAUUGAAAUUUAGAUAUUUCAAAAUAGCAAUCAGCGGGGACAUUGAGAAAAUGUAUCGCCAAAUUCGAAUGAACAAUGAAGAUAGCGAUUUUCAGAGAAUGUUUUGGAGAUUUAACCCUGAUGACGAUUUACAAGUUUACAGAUUGCUUACAGUGACUUAUGGGACAGCCUGUGCUCCCUUUCUUGCUGUACGAACUUUAAAGCAAUUAGCCAACGAUGAAGAAGUUAGUUUUCCGGAGGCUUCAAAGGUAUUACAGGAUGAAUUUUACAUUGAUGACCUACUCUCAGGUGCCGAUUCUAUUGCAGAAGCUAAACAACUUGCGACUGAUCUCAAUGCACUUCUUGAAAGAGGAGGAUUUAACUUAAGGAAAUGGGCUUCCAAUUGUUCGGAAGUUUUUAACAAUAUUCCUGACCAUGCUCUUGCUUGUCGAGACAUUUUAAUUAAAGAAACCCACCAGCUCAUGGCCGAUUUGCCUCGUGACCGAGUUAUUCCAUCUAAACCUUUCCAACGUGUUGGGAUGGACUUUGCAGGUCCAAUUUCAACCAAACCAAAUUUACCUAGAUCUAAAGUCACUUUAAAGUCGUACAUUGCACUUUUCAUUUGUUUUGCUACGAAGGCUGUCCACUUGGAACUUGUCUCUGAUUUGUCCACAGAAGCCUUCUUAGCAUCCUUUCGUCGAUUUAUUGCUAGACGAGGGUUGCUAUCUGAUGUAUACAGUGAUAAUGCCACAAAUUUUAAAGAAGCCAGUAACUAUUUGAAGUCUCUGUACAAAAUUGUUCGAGACAAUUCAGUUCAAGAUUUUUCCAGCAAUCUUCAAAUAUUUUGGCACUUUAUUCCUCCUGCAACACCUCAUUUUGGCGGACUCUGGGAGUCUAAUAUUUAA